AUGGCGAACCCGAGGUGCUUCCUGGACAUAAGCAUAGACGGAGAGAUGGAAGGGAGGAUAGUGGUGGAGCUGUUCGCGAAUGUCGUGCCGAAAACCGCCGAGAACUUCAGGGCGCUCUGUACUGGAGAGCGCGGCGUUAGCUCUGAAACUGGCGUUAAGCUCCAUUACAAGGGAACUUGCUUUCACCGUAUUGUCAGGGGAUUUAUGAUACAAGGUGGUGAUGUGGCAGCUGGAAAUGGAACUGGUGGAGAAUCCAUUUAUGGAUCUAAAUUUGAUGAUGAGAACUUUGAGAUGAAGCAUGAAAGAAAAGGAAUGCUGUCAAUGGCCAAUGUUGGUCCUAAUACGAAUGGCUCUCAGUUUUUCAUUACUAUAUCUCAACUGACUCAUCUGAAUGGAAAGAAUGUGGUAUUUGGAAAGGUCAUCAAAGGAUUAGGGUUGGUUCGGACGAUUGAACGUGUACCUACAGGGGAAAAUGAUUAUCCUGAUGUCAAUGUUCUUAUAGAAGAUUGUGGGGAAAUUCCAGAAGGAGAGGACGAUGGAACAUGCAAUUUCUUUAAAGAUGGUGACACUUUUCCUGACUGGACACUUGAUCUUGAUGUGAAACCGGAUGAGGUUUCAUGGUGGAUUAAUGCUACAAACAGUAUCAAAGCUGUUGGAAAUGAACACUACAAGAAGCAAGAUUACAAAAUGGCUAUAAGAAAGUAUACCAAAGCUGUUCAGUACUUGGACUUCUGCUGGGAGAAGAACAACAUUGAUGAUGUGAAUAUAAAGAUUUUGAUGAAGAUGAGGUCUCAGAUCUUUUCAAAUUGUUCUGCCUGUAAAUUGAAGUUAGGAGAUUUUGAAGGAGCACUGUUGGAUACUGAGUAUGCCAUUCGGGAUGCUAAAGAUGAUGCAAAAGUUUUUUAUCGCCAAGGACAGGCAUACAUGGGACUGAAUGCCAUUGAUAAGGCAGCUGAAAGUUUCAAGAAAGCUUUUGAAUUGGAUCCAAGUGAUGGUGGUAUAAAAAAGGAGCUUGCUGUAGCAAGGAAGAAGAUUGCUGAUAGACAAAAUCAGGAGAAGAAGGCAUACUCCAGAAUGUUCCAGUAGCUUCCUCAACAGCAAUAUGGCUUUUUCUUGCUGAAUUUCACACACAUUUCAGCCUGCAUAUGUUGAACACAGGCUUGAACUGAAUUUUGUCUGAACUUGUAGAGCUACAGGCUAGUUAAUUGAUUACAACCCUCUUGCCUUUAGCAUUUAUACUCUGUUC